GUACCGGCUCUCGGCGGGAUCUGGGGCCUGCGACCCGCCAGCUCACGCCUCUGCCUCCUCACCCUUGGAGCCCGUGCCCCGGAGACCGGAUUCCAAGAAGCCUCCAUUUGGACUCUGAUUAAAGGAUGCCAAGUAUAGCUAGCAUGCGUGUAGACUCCGCCAUCCCCUCUUCUGAAGGCUCAGAUUGUAGGCUGCUCCCUGGGUCUUACAGGUUGACCCAGUUCAGCUGCUGCUCGCCUAUGGCUCCAAGCCUCAGUAGCCAGACCAAGCGGAAGAAGAAGCUCAGCCGAAGGCAUGCACGCUUCCUGGAGAGAAAAGCUUUCCUGGAGAAGAAAGGGAUCCUCAAGCAAGGUCGGAUGAAAAGGAAGCGGCGACCUUUGGACCAAACAAGCUGUCCGACCAGCUGUAAUCCAAACCACACGCUUCAGUCUGGAGAUACCAAGCAAACAAGUGGUUCUGAUGUGAAUGAAAAUCACUACCAUCUGAUUGGUGCUUCCAGUCUGUGGCCUGAAGCUGAAAGGAGAGAUGUUCACUCUACUUGCUCUUCAAAGUGCAUGGACCCGCGCAGUAAAACGUGUCCUGUAGAAAGGACUAACAUGCUAAAUCCUGAGGGCCCUUAUAGUUUGCCGCAAACUGCACUCCCAUGCCAGACAAGCCCAUCACCCAUCUGCUGUAAUCCUGCCAAGUAUGUGGCAAUCGACUGCGAGAUGGUUGGAACAGGCCCCUACGGACGUGUUAAUGAAAUGGCCAGGUGUAGCAUCGUGAACUAUCAGGGCCAAGUCAUCUAUGACAAGUAUGUGAAGCCCAAAGAACCCAUCACCGAUUACCGGACCCGCUGGAGUGGCAUUCGAAAACACCAUAUGGCGAAUGCAAUUGAGUUUGAUGUUGCUCAGAGGGAGAUUUUGAAGAUAUUGAAGGGGAAAAUUGUGGUGGGCCAUGCAUUGCACAAUGACUUUAAAGCACUGAAGUAUUUUCAUCCAAAAUCUCUGGUAAGGGACACGAGUAAAAUCCCAUUGUUGAAGAGGAAAGCUGGUUUUCCUGAAAGAGAAUCUGUUUCCCUGAAGAAUCUGGCAAAGCUACUUUUGGGUAAAAGCAUCCAGGUUGGUAACGAUGGGCACUGUUCUGUGGAGGAUGCCUGCGCCUCGAUGGAGUUGUAUCAACGAGUGGAGAGUCAGUGGGAACAAAAACUGUGCGAUCAGUUGUCAGUGGCAAAUGAACAAGUGGCUUCUGAAACAAACUUUGAAAUCAGUCAAUACAUGGAUGACCAAUAUUGGCCCACUGAUCUUCACAAGGACAGUAAAUGAUCUGAGCAUACAUUCUUCAGCUUUCGCAAUCACCAGCAAACAUGAAGACUCUUGCAGCAGUCUAAACACUUGAGGUCAUGGGUGCCAUCUCUUGGUUUCAUUGUUCUCAGGUCUUUGCAGCUACUAACCAAUGCCACACAUGGUUAGCUCUUCCCCCACCCUGGUGAUCUUUGCCAAUGCAGUCGAUCAAAUGCGGUUGCUAAUGGUCACAAAUGGAGAUCCACUGAUUCAGCCUAUGUCUGGAGUUCUUUAUAAGAUCUUUUUGUAAUGUGUGGCUCAAUACAAUGCAAAAUGGUGUGGUUCACCACCUGAGGUGUCUGAACACAAAGGAGCAUGGAUGUUGCAUUGUGUUUUGUUCUUCCAUACCUGCGAUCUAUAUAAAAAUUCAGAUGUGGAACAGUCCCAAAGCUGUAAAUGACGGGGGACUAUAAAAUUGUUCUAAGAUAACAGGAUGCUGAAUGUUAUCCUGAAACAAUUCUUGAGGCCAAUAAUCGGGGCUCAAUUGAGGAGUCCUGCAUUUUUUAGCCUCACUUUACCCCACCAAUCAGGCCAAUGCUGCUAAUUAUUUUACACUUGUCUUGUUGUUUGAAUUUGUAUAUAAGUUUAUGAUUUAGAGAUGCCGGUGUUGGACUGGGGUGUACAAUGUUAAAAAUCUCGCAACACCAAGUUAUAGUCCAACAGGUUUAAUUGGAAGCACACUAGCUUUUGGAGUGAUGCUCCUUCAUCAGGUGAUAAGUCAUUAGGUCUAUCACCCGAUGAAGGAGCGUCGCUCUGAAAGCUAGUGUGCUUCCAAUUAAACCUGUUGUACUAUAACCUGGUGUGUGAUUUUUAACUUUUAUAUAAGUUUAAGCCUCAUUUAUUUCCCCAGAAUGAUACCUUAUUUACCACUUUUAAUGUAUGUCUUCUAAACUCCUCCUUCACCAGGGCAUUAUUCUCCACUCUGUCUGUUUUGAAGGGAAUUGCAGGUUAAAUGGAGCAGAAUGUUUGCCCCUCCCCUGUGACAUCAGUGGGGCAGUGGUUUGUGGGUAUCAUUCCCCAUUGAUGAGCUCAUAUGAGAGGAGUUCUAUACAAAAUGUCUCCUUCGAGGCUGUCUUACCAGUAUAAUUCAGACCAGCAAAGCAUGAUGCAGAAAGCAGUAAGUGUACAGGACCAGUCACUUCAGUAAAUGGUAAAUUAACACACAAUGGGCGAAGAUCUAGUUUUGGGAGGGAGUGGAGAUAGGUUUUGCCUGGUACUUUUUUUGUAAUUGAACUUUAAUGCCACUGUUUUGUCGAUUAGUGAUGGACAUUUCCAUCAACUAGAAACCACUUGGCUCAUUAUUAGCUCAUCACUGGAGUUCUAUAAUCCCAGUUUCUCCAUUUUGUUCUUUUGAACUUUUCCCUUGAAUUUAAUUUCCCCUCAACUGUCAACAGGUUCACAGGCAUAUGUAUUCCACGUUCUAGUUUUGCUGUCUCAUUUCUGUGGCUGCAAAGGGUGAAAACGGACACAAAUAAUAACACUAAGAAUCUAUAGAAGUAUUCUACUUAAAAACUUGUAGUCUGAAAAGUUUGGUGUGAAAUGUUGCAGCCUCGAGUUCCUGCUGUGUAAACAUUCCUAGUUUUUGGGGUCAAACGUUGUGUGUGAAGACUCUUGCUUGGGGGGUGGUGGGGCGUAGAAAUGGAAAAGAAUGAAGGCCUACAGAGGCCUACUUUUGUUUCUUGUGCCAUCCCAUUUAUUGUGACACAUCUUAUUGAGAAAGUCACGUGCGCUCAGAGGCAGCUUUUCAGCUGAGGCCUGAUUUCCUCAGAUGAAUGUUAAAUAUCCCAUUGCAGUAUUUGAAGAACAAUAGGUGAGGGUGGGUGGGGUUUCAUCCACUACCUUGAUUAAAUCUUGUGGUGGGGAAGAAAAGAUACUUGGAGCAGUGGGGGAAUAUGGGGGAGAGAGGAAACACAUUUACUGGCAUUUUGUCGCAUAGCUUCUUCAUGUGCUCAAAGUGCUUGCCGCUACACCGCCAUUGGUUAAUCAAAAUAACUACCUGAAUGUAAAGAGUUUUAAAAUAUUGCUGAGAGAUGUGAUAAUGCAGAGCUUCCUUUGGGAUGACUAUGAUGCAUCAGGUAGCACUGUUAGCUUUCUGUCACGUGAAUGUGGGCAAAGUCCUGUCCCAGCGAUUUUUUUCACUGUUCUAUGAUGCUACAUUCCUUUGGUGCCCUGGCUAAUACUAUAUAUGUAGUCCAUAACUAUCAUCUACGAACAAAUGAUCUGGUCAUUAUCACAUUGCUGCUGGUAUUAGAUUAGAUUAGGUUACUUUUGGAAACUAGUUGGCACACUUUCUCCAUUACAACAUUUUAAAAAUGCAUCAUUGGUUGUGAAGCAUUUUGGGACCUGCUGAGUUAUGAAAUCCACUAUUGAAUUUUUGUUUUAAACAUUCAACUUAAUUGUAGUGUAGUCUGCUCUUUAUUCUUUUCAUAGGUUGUUUCUUUAGGUUGAAGACUUACAAAACCAGUUUAAAACUUACUCCAAACAAUUAAUAUCAGCUUAUCAUCCAGGAGGAUGAAGCUAACACCAUGCCUGGCUGUAGUUGUGUGAUUUGAUUUCUAAGAAUUUCUAGCACUCAUCUACGGUGGUUUGCAUGCCUUAUUUUAUUGGUUGCUCUGAUAGCUACACAAAUUCUCAUGUGUUUUUUGCAGUUUACUGCAUCAUGGUGCAAGCUUUUGUUUUGGUGUGUUCUGUUGGUUUCAUUGGUAAUCUCUGUGCAGCAUUGCACCAAAUUCUGACAUGCUAAUACUAGAUUAGGAAGUGCAUUGGAAUCAACAAACCAAUGUUAUCAUUCCCUUUUCGUGCUUAUUUGACUUCACCAUGUUGAUCCUGCCUGACCUGCAUCCCCCAAAAAAAAAAUGGUGAAGUUAUCCACUAUUGAAUACUUCAGUGAUAACUUCCCACAUUUAUGAAGGUGGCAUUUGCGUGAGAUUGCAGGACUCCAGCAUCCUAUACUCGAUUGAGUUGGUGACUUCCAAGCUGGGAUGUAAACUCAACUGGAAGUGUUCACAGUUGCCUUUCAUGAAUAAUUGAACAUAAUGAUAAAGCAGGCUCAUCCAGAAGGAAGCAGGCACUGUUCAUUAUUCCAUUUAACAGGGUUUUGUUUCAUGUGAUUAAUUUAUUAUUCCUCAUAGCAAUUCAUUACAACUUGAUCACUCUGUGACAAGAGAAUUCCUGACUUAAGUCCAAAUGUUUGUGGUUCACUACUUGCAACUUGUUCACCCCGUGAUUGGAAAGCUGAAACAUUUGGUUUAUUUUGGAAGAAUCUUGUCAUGUGGCUGUCGGACAAUAAAUUAUUUUCAAACAA